AUCAGGCGGAGCGCACAGUUUGCAGCGCUGGUUGGAAAGCGAGGUAUCGGAUCCUGAGCGGAACCGCCGACAUCUGGAGCUGGCUGGAGCUGCUGCUGGUGUUUCUUUAGCAGCCGUGGCGCAGUUUACGUGUUCUGUCUGAAAAUGGAUGCUAGCAAUGUUGCCGAAUCUACAAACUGUCUUCCCAAUGAAAAUGCCCCAAAUAACAGCAGUGACCUGUCUGCUUCUGAGAAUAUAGAUAUUUCACUUGAUGCAACAGAGCCCUGCUCAGAAAGAGAACAGAAUUCCACUUCUGAUGAAGCAGGUUCCCUUAAGACACCGCCUGUCAAUGAGCAAGUCACAGUAAAGCUGAAUACUGAUGGAGGCAAUGAGGUGUGGAUUAAACCAAAAAGUUUCAGCGAAGGAAAUGGUGAAAGAAGAGAAUUAGAGGCAUUUUAUAAUGACUCCCCUUCAGGGGAAGGACACACUGGUCCUUCAGUCUACAGACUGAAUGAUCCUUGCAGAGCAGAUGAUGAGGGGAGCACUAUGGACUAUAUGCUACAGUCAGUUGAUCCUUCGUCCAUCAAAGAGGCAGUUGGUAUGAAAGGUAAUCCUGAGAAUAACCUUGUCUUGGAUUCUCCUGAUAAAGAACCUGAGCAUGUGGACACAGAGGAAAAAACAGAAGCCACAGAAUUAGCACACCAAACCAACAGACUUGCAGAAGUUGAGGCUCGAGAAGGAAAUUCAGGAAUGGAGCUCAGUGUGCCAGAGACUGAUGUAAAGGCUGAUAACAGUCCACAGCAACUCUCUGAUGAUAAAGGUGGCAGAUCACCAGUGCCAGGGGAGGAAGAGGUAGAGGUGGUUUGUAAUGUAAAGACUGUGGAGGAUCCUGAGGGCACUGAAAUAAUCAAAGAAGGAGGAAAUGCUGAAGGUGAUGAGCUGGAGGGAAAAGAAAGUGACACUUGUGAGACUCUGUCAAAAAUAAGUUGCAGUGUGGGAACUUCAACAGAAACUAUUAAAGUUAAAGUGGACAAAUCGUCUCCCUGUCGAACUGAUGCAACUAAUGAAGAUGAUGAAAAAACAGAUAAAGAGACAGAAAAUAAGGAAACGGCCCACAAGUCCUCAAAAAGAGAAAAUUGUUCAUCGUCUAACAAAACAAAUGCAAAGGAUAAUUCCACCACAACAGUUAAUAUUAAGGAGGAAGAUUAUGUUUCACGACGGCCAAGGCGGACUACCAGAUUGUCUCUGCAAGCAGCUCAGGCUCAAGCUCAAGCUCAAGCUGAAGCCCAAAUCCAUUCUCCUCGCCCACAAAGGCCUUCACGAUCCUUGGCAAAAGUAACAUGUGCUAAUUGUAAAAAGCCCCUGCAAAAGGGACAAACUGCGUACCAGAGAAAAGGGGCUCCUCAGCUCUUCUGCUCUUCCACAUGCCUCACAACCUAUUCUCAGAAGCCAUCGUCUACCAAGAUAUGCACAUUCUGCAACAAGGAUAUUUUGAACACAAAGGAAUUGGUUGUGGCACAGGCUGGUUCAAGUCAGUCCUUUCAGGAAUUCUGCAAUUCGACUUGUCUAUCACUGUAUGAAGCCAAGCUACUUAAACCAGCUUCUUCAUCAGAUGAGUCCUCACGAUGCAGCAUCUGCAAUAAAAAAGGAAAGAUUCUACAUGAAGUCAGUAAUGGAAAUGUGGUGCAUCGGCUCUGUAGCAACGCCUGUUUCAGCAAGUUCAGAGCAAGUAAUGGCCUGAAAACCAACUGUUGUGAUAACUGCGGUGUUUAUUUUUACAACCGAGGGUUUAUGCUUCAGUACCUGUAUCAUGAAGGGCAACAAAGGAGGUUCUGCAACACAGGCUGUUUGAAUAUGUAUAAAAAGAAAAACACUAAAGUGCUUCCUUGUGCUUGGUGCAAAACUUUGGGUAAGAACUUCGACAUGAUAGCAAAUGUGGAUACCACUGGAAAGAUGGGCUUCUUUUGUUCACUGUGCUGCAUCACUUCAUAUAAAGUAAAACAGUCUGGAACGAUAGGACCUAAAUCUAAGUGCAAGUUUUGUAAAAAGAAUCUUUCAGAGCGGGUUUAUUACAACAUGACAGACCGAGUUGUGCAUCAGUUUUGCAGCCCCAACUGUUGGACUAACUUUCAGCAAUCCAGCCCUGAAGGCAGCAUACAGCUUAACUGCACAUACUGCCACAACAUCUUCAGUGGAAAACCAGAAAUACUGGACUGGCAGGGCAGCGUUCGACAGUUUUGUUGCAGAGUAUGCUGUGAAGAUUAUAAAAGGCUGCAUGGUGUUGUGUCUGUCUGUGAAUAUUGCAAACAGGAGAAGAUACUACAUGAGAAGAUAAAAUUUUCAGGAGUAGAAAAGAAUUUCUGUAGUGAAGGUUGUGUGCUUCUUUAUAAGCAGGACUUUACCAAAAACCUGGGCUUGUGCUGCAUCACGUGUGCUUACUGUUCCCAGACCUGUCAGAGGGCAGUGACCAAAGAGCUGGAUGGAAAUACAUGGGAUUUCUGUGGGGAGGAAUGCAAAAGCAAAUACCUACUGUGGUACUUCAAGGUAGCCAGAUGCCAUGCCUGCAAACGUCAGGGCAAGCUUCUGGAAACGGUACACUGGCGCGGGGAAAUUAAACACUUCUGCAACCAGCAGUGCCUCUUGCGCUUCUACAGUCAGCAAAACCAGCCCAAUCUAGCGACGCAGAAGGGACCCGAAAGUCUACUCAACAAUGAGGCGCAGGAGUCUAAGAAUGCGACGUCUCCGACUCCCUCUCCGACUCCCUCUCCCACGCAAUUUGAAGCAUCUGUACAGACUCGAUCAUCAAAACAGCCACCACCUCCACCGCCGCCACCACCUUCACCGCCAUCUCCACCUCCUGUGACACUGAAGAAUAAGGCUGUACUGUGUAAACCCUUGACUCAGAAUAAGGGCAUCUCCUGUAAACCUGAAAUGAAGUCCAAAGGAUGUCAAACAGAGGAGGAAUGGAAGCCACAACUGAUUGUGGUGCCCAUCCCUGUGCCAGUCUUCAUACCAGUGCCUUUGCAUAUGUAUUGUCAGAACACGCCAGUGCCUUUCUCUAUGCCAAUCCCAGUUCCUAUUCCGAUGUUCCUUCCUACCACUUUAGACAGUGCUGAUAAGAUAGUAGAGACAAUAGAGGAACUGAAGGUCAAAAUUCCUUCAAACCCGUUUGAAGCUGAUAUACUCGCCAUGGCAGAGAUGAUAGCAGAGGCUGAGGAAAUGGAGAAAGCUUCAUCAGAUCUCUGCGAUCUUGCUAGCAAUCAGAGUGCUGAUGGGCUCUUGGAAGACUGUGACUUAUUUGGACCUGCCAGAGAUGAUGUUUUGGCCAUGGCAGUUAAGAUGGCUAAUGUCUUGGAUGAACCGGGGCAGGAUUUGGAAGCAGACUUCCCCAAAACCCCAUUGGAGCUUAACUCGGGUGUUGACUUUCUGUUUGACUGUGGGCUUGUGACAACAGAUGAAGAACAACAAGAAUCUGAAAUCCCACGAGCUGUCAGAAGGGGUCAGAAGCGGCUCAUGCUUUCAGAAAGUUGUUCACGUGAUUCUCUUGCUAGCCAACAGUGCUGUACUGGAUUAAAUUACUCGUAUGGAGUCAAUGCCUGGAAGUCCUGGCUCCAGGCUAAAUAUGCCAGUGGUGAUACCAGUAAAAGUGAAGAGCUCAGGUUUGGACCUAAACCGAUGAGGAUUAAAGAGGAUAUUUUAUCCUGCACUGCUGCAGAACUAAACUACGGGCUGGCCCAAUUUGUUAAAGAAGUACAGAGGCCCAAUGGGGAGCGAUAUGAGCCGGAUAGUGUUUACUACUUGUGUCUUGGGAUUCAACAGUUCCUGCUUGAAAACAACCGAAUGGUCAACAUAUUCACUGAUCUUUAUUACCUGACCUUUGUCCAAGAGUUGAAUAAAAUGUUACAAGGCUGGCAACCAAGUUUGCUUCCAAAUGGUUUAAUAUUCUCCAGGGUAGAGGAAGAGCAUCUAUGGGAAUGUAAGCAACUGGGAGUAUACUCACCCUUUGUUCUACUGAACACACUCAUGUUCUUUAACACAAAGUAUUUUGGACUGAAGUGUGUAGAAGAGCACAUGCGACUGUCCUUCAUUAAUGUUGUUCGGCAGUCCAGGAAGUGCACAACACCCAGAGGAACCACAAAGCUUGUCAGCAUCCGCUAUUACAUGCCUGCUAAUUACAAAAAGGGAAGAGAUCAAAGCAGCACUAUGGGAAAGAGGAAACGUGAAGAAGAAGUUGCUGUUUUGGAGCAGAGAGAAAACCGAAUGAAUCCCUUAAGAUGCCCUGUGAAAUUUUAUGAGUUCUACCUCUCGAAAUGCCCUGAGAGUAUGAAGAACAGGAACGAUGUUUUCUACUUGCAGCCUGAGCGCUCCUGUGUGGCAGAGAGCCCCCUGUGGUACUCAGUAAUUCCCAUGGAUCGGAGUAUGUUGGAGAGCAUGCUGAACAGAAUUAUGGCUGUGAAGGAAAUCUAUGACGACUAUUCGAAGGAUUCGCUAGAAGAUGAUGACGUUGAAGGAUGAUGUGUAGUAGAUGUUGUACAGAGUUCUGUUAUACUUUUAUUAGAAAAACAAUGGGUCAUUAUAGGCUGGCCUACUUGGUGCUGCGGAAAAAAAUUACUACACACAUACUUGCAGAGUCAUGUGGCCUGUUUGUGAGAGCAGAGACGGUUAGACUAUCGCCAUUGUUUAGAGACAGUAUCCCUUUUAGCUUGCAUACACUUGUUAACAAUUGGGUGUACGUAACAUUCUCUAGAGACCAAAAAAUACUUUGAACCUGAAACUCCUGCAGUCAAUAAGCAAACAACUUGGCCCUUGCUCUGAAUGGAACAGCUGUGAUGAUUGGAGUAUGCACGCUGAUGCAAUGGGAGAAGCCUCCAUUUAAUUGCAGUGCUUGGGAUUUUAGAGUUGCUUAAAUGGACAUCAGUUGUGGAAUGACAGAUGCUGCAAAGUAGCCUGCCUUCCAGAACAUUCCACCUAUUGCUCCUAUUUUAUUUGUGGGGGGUGGGGGGGGGGGGAGAAGGGUCACAUCUUUUGCUGUUAAGAUUGAAUAUCCCAAGAAUUUGUUGCUAUGGAACCUUGUCCUAAGUUACUGCAUUGCUGACAGGUGGUCAGGAGGAGAAUUUGAAGACAAGUGGUGUAGUCACACAUACAGAAUAUGCAUCUGAAGUUCAUUGCAUUCUGUUAUUACAUUACAAAUUUAUUCUCAGCUAUCCCUUGAUGAAGUUUGGAGCAGGAAUGUGCAAGGAGAAAUGUUUCCAAAGUGCGUGAAUAGCAUUUUUUUUUUAAAAAUGUAUUUUUUAUAAUUGAUUUGGAAGGUGAAUACCACCAGCGAGAUACCUGUUUGUUUAAAAGGUGUUUUCUGGCUCAAUCUGCUGGGUCUUAUUCAGGCUUAAGAGAUUGAUGGCCUAGUGAAUAAUUGCUAGAGAAAAUGGCUUCUGAACAGCAGAGAAGAAACAUGAGGAGUUUGAGUACCAUAAAUUGACCCUUCUCCAUAGUCCUUGCCUGCCCCUUUGUAUGUUUGCUGAUUUCUGAAUCUGUAAGAAGAUUUUAUUGUAUUUUGGAUAUUUUUUUAUUACAAACAAAACGUCUGUGAACAUUUAUAGGUGCUAGUUGAUGACAUAAAUGCUAGUGCAGAGGACCUUGAAAUAUUGGGGAAUGGGGAUGGGAAGGUUAUCUGGACAGUAUUUUUCUGUUCCCAAUAAUUUCUUAAUCUGAAUUUUAAUUUCUGUUGAAAUAAUCCUUUGUAAUUCCCUCACCUCAUCCUGCAGUGCUGCUACCAUGAGGAACAAUAAUGCUUUCACAACUUGACCUGUAGGACUGAGAGACCAGCUAAAUCCUCUUUCUUUAGGACCACGACAGUUGGAUUAGAAUUCGAAGUGAAACUCAAACAAAAUCUCUGCAGCUCAUGCAGAUAACUAAUGGAAUAAAAUGUUUGCUUCUGUUUUGGCAAUUAAGGGUUGAUGGGGAUUAAGGUAAGCAGAAGUGUUGCUCCAUCAUUGUACAGCACUUGCUCUGUCUUCGUGCUGCCAGGUGGUUCAACUGAACUGUUGAGAAAUUCAGUAUUCAUAGAAACCCAGGAGAGAAGGGGAUCAAAAAGGGGAUACUGUCUCUUGUGUGUAUUUCUGUAGUAUAUAUGAAUUUGUUUCAGUGAGUUAGAUCAGUGUAAAACCAAUCUGUUUUAAAAUGGUAAAUAUCUGCACAGUAUUCAGUUGGUAACCUGAUGGUUUGCCAAGUUCGCUCACAGUUUAAUUUUUUAAAGAAAAAUUUAAAAGGUGCUUUUGCAAACUGGAUGGACAUUACGUUGCAAGGGAUUUACAAACUGCUGUAUCACAAUCACCAAUAGUUAAAACUCCUACCUAGAAGAAAGCAGUUGCGUUUCACUCAAAUUAUUUCAGAAAGUGUACUUUUUUUUGUGAUGUAACAGUUAGGGAAAAAAGUAUUUACAUGUCCGCAGUGAAGCAUUUUUAGGGUAUUUAGUGUAGGGACACUAUAAUGACCCUUUUUAUAUCUUCCUUAUGUUGAACUGUAAUCUGUGAAGAUCUAUGUCUUCUCCGCUUAAAGUGAAAGAAAUUCUUGGUAGAUGGGUAAUUUGAAACAAUAAGGAUCUUGAGAUCUCAUUAUGUAGAGUGCUGUAAUACUUCCAAAAUGCUAUCUCUUGCCUUGGAAAAGGGAUUAGAAGAAAGAUGGUGGCCUAAGUUUGUUCUAAAUGGACCCUGUUAAAUGGUAUCUGCUUGUGGAAAUGCAGUUGUCUAUUUAUUAGAUUCUUUCUAAUAAAUAUCAGUAAUAGUUGCAUUGAACUGGGAUUCAGUUUGGGCGUGUUAAAAUACACCCUGUCCAUCCAUUUAUGGGCAUUGGUUGUCUUACUGUUCCCAAGAUUAACCACACAGGUAUCUGUCAUUGUAUAAAUUGUUGACCAAAGCUGAACUAUGAUGUCAUCAUAUUUUAUUGGAAAAGAUUGUAGAAAAGUGGCUGAAAACAUAAAGAUUAAUUGUGUUCUCCCAGUUAUAUUUUUUUGUCUAUUGUGCAUUCAUUGGUCCUUUAUAACUUGUGCAGAAUUCCCAAACUUGAUGCUCGACUUUUUUGUGAUGAAAAUGAUUUCCUAAAACAAAGAUGCACCUUCUGGUAUGUAGCUGAAGAGAUCAGAGGGAAAAGUCUAUAAGACUGCUUUUUCAUAUCUUCUGAUGAUUCAUCACAUCAGAGUUCAUGAAGUGUUGCUGAAACCUUGCAAGUAAGGGAAAUUGCCCAGAUCUUUUGUCAGCCCUUUCUCUUUUCCACUCCCAGUCUACACUGACGAAACCAUUCAUCAAAAUAUUUGUUGGACCAACUGUAUGAGGUGGUUUGUUUUGGAAAGAAUAACGUUUAUCUCUGGUAACUGACAUUUGUGUUGAAUUACCUGUAAAUGUAGUUGCCAGUUUAGGCUAGUUCUGCAGAGAUGGACUACUAAGUCUCUUGUUUGCAAUAUGGUUGAUUAGCUCGGAUAUAAUAUUUUAAAAGUAUCUCUUUUACUUCCUCACCUCAUCACAGCGGAAAAUCAAAUAGAAAAGUAACAUUGCGUUUCCUGUUGAAUGUGCCACAUAAUUGAGGUUUAUUGCAAUUCUUCUGAUGGCCAGUAAGCCAGGAAAGGAGAAUCAAGGAAAAUGAGACCUUCUAAGAAGGAUAAAUGUGCUGAAUAUAUUUCAAACAUCUCACCUCUUGACAUGAUUUCUCCAUUCCUGAGCUCACUGACUUAUGUUGGGUACAUUACCACUGUCACCCCUGUGGCAGCUUUUUUGUAUAUAAGCCACUUUAGUGAAUACUAGCAGGUAAUUUGACUAGGAGAAACAGUGGUAGAAUAGCUAAACUUGAUCUUGUUUUCUUCUGACAUCCAAACACAUGCACUUUACCGCAUGGGUCACUGGAUAUUGCUUUGGAUCUCUUGAUUUUUCUCUUUUUUGCUUAGGGGAGUUGAAGAAAGUUGUAGCAAUCCAAUCCUUAUCUCAGGUGCAAUGUUAGUGCAGCACAGGUUGGGCAUAAAGCAGGAAAGUUUCUUAGUUUAUAUGACUCCAUUUCAAAGUGGGUGUGCAUUUGUCAACUGAGCCAUUGGGGAAGUAAAAUACCUGCACAUAUUAGAAUAUUGGCUAUGUGAACCUUUUCUUAUAACUUUUCAGUUUAAUACAUACAAACGUACACCACAUCAUGCCGCAUGUGAAAUUCUGCUUCAUUUAAGACUACUGCAAGAUUUCAGUCCCUCUUUGAAUUGGAAAAUAUUCAGCAUAGUCACUGAAUUCUGAGUGAUUAUAUUUUAAGUGUGCUUUUAUCUUUUGUUUCAAUAAAUUUCUAUAAUAGUUUGUUUUUGAAUUGCACUGAUUUCACCUUUUUAUAUCAAUACAUUUUCCAAAACAAUCGUACUACCUAAUUAUUUUUUUGUAGAUUACCCAGUAUUGCCUCUCAUUGCUAUGCUUCCUUGUGUGUUGUUCCAUCUUUCAUUGGCAUAAAGUGAGCUAUUGGGCUAGGGAGAGAGGUGAAGAAUCUGAUUAGCUUUUCUUCCUUUAUCUCACCAUUUUGAUGCCUUCUCUUGUCAUCCUUGCUGUUCCCAGUGAAUUACUGUGCUAUUUGAUUUGAGGCUGAGAAACAGUGGAUGCAGCUAUGUUGAAAUGCCAUUGGAACUCAGACAUAAUGCUUUUUGAGUUGGGAGAAUGAAAUUUGUAUAAGAGUUACUGUGAUGCCAUUUUAUUGUUUCUUCCCAUUCAUGGAAUGCUGUAUAGAUGCAGAACCUAGCUGUAAUUAUUUUACUGUUUUCCUCCCUCCAUACCCCAAAUGAACACUCAUGCCAAACCUUAUCAGUCUCGAUCUUUGUCCUCACUCAGAAUUCUUGUCUCUUUACUGUCAAGAACUUGGAAAAUUUAUUUUACUGUAAAUGCUCUCCUUGUUUAUGGGGAGGAGUGUGACAAGGAAGAUGUGCAGGGGAGUGUCCGUGAACACAAUUUGAACCAUUAGCUGUCUUGUUUCUAUUGUGUUCUUAACUUCAAGUGUUGUAAAGUACUGCAUUUUACAAUAGUUUGCAAUAGAGCUUUAUUCUUUGGUUUGAUUGAACCUCUAAUACAAUAAGCUGCUAUGUAAACAACUAUUGUAUAUUGAAUAAAAGUUAUGCAAAAUA